AUGUCUACACCGCCCGCUAAUGGCUCUUCCUCCGGAGGUGACGAUGCGACCAAGCCUAUCAACAAGGCUUUCUCCAAAGUAGACCUUGAAGGCCACAACUUGCCUCCGUCCCCCGCCCCCUCAAGUCCGUCGAACGGCCACAGACGUUAUGCCCUUGCCACUGAACUCGUCUACACCGAAUCCAAAGACCAAUAUGGCGCCUCGAGCAUCCCCAUCUACCAAUCCGCCACCUUCAAGCAGACGUCUGCGAGUGGUGGAAAUGAGUACGACUACACACGAUCAGGCAACCCGACUCGGACACACCUGGAGCGGCACAUGGCCAAGAUCAUGAAUGCCACCCGCGCCUUAGCUGUGGGAUCUGGAAUGGGUGCCCUAGACGUCAUCACUAGGCUACUCAGGCCUGGGGAUGAGGUCAUCACUGGCGAUGACCUCUACGGUGGCACCAACCGGCUACUUACAUAUCUGUCGUCGAACCAGGGCAUAGUUGUGCAUCAUGUGGACACCACAGAGGUCGAAAGGGUACGGGAGGUUGUCUCAGACAAGACUGCCAUGGUGCUUUUGGAGACCCCGACGAACCCCCUAAUCAAGAUUGUGGACAUACCAGGAAUUGCCAAAUCAGUCCACGACGCCAACCCCAAGGCCCUCGUCAUUGUCGACAACACCAUGUUGUCUCCUAUGCUUUGCAACCCCCUGGAGCUAGGCGCAGACAUCGUCUACGAGUCGGGAACCAAGUACCUAUCUGGUCAUCACGAUAUCAUGGCCGGAAUCAUUGCCUGCAACGACCCGGCCAUUGGUGAUAAGAUGUACUUUACUAUCAACUCGACAGGCUGCGGCCUUUCUCCUAACGAUGCAUUCCUUCUGAUGAGAGGAGUAAAGACAUUGGCGAUCCGUAUGGAGAAGCAGCAAGCAAACGCCCAGAUGAUUGCUGAGUUCCUCGAGACCCACGGCUUCCGCGUACGUUACCCCGGCCUCAAGUCUCACCCGCAGUACGAUCUCCACUGGUCAAUGGCGAGGGGUGCUGGUGCUGUUCUAUCAUUCGAGACUGCUGAUGUGGCAUUGUCUGAAAGAAUCGUUGAGGCAGCAAAGUUAUACGGGAUUAGCGUCAGCUUUGGUUGUGUCAACAGCUUGAUCAGCAUGCCGUGCCGGAUGAGUCAUGCCAGCAUAGACGCAAAGACAAGAAAGGAACGGCAAAUGCCCGAGGACAUCAUUAGACUUUGUGUCGGUAUUGAAGAUGUCAAUGAUCUGAUUGACGAUCUCUCUCGCUCGCUCGUACAAGCCGGUGCUGUGACUAUCACGCUGGACGGCUUCCAUGCUGCAGGACCGGCGGCGCAGCUUGGUACUGCACCAGCGAGCAGUGAUGCCUAA